AUGCUGGGUAUCCGAACCAGCCUCGUGGUCACUGGGGCGGUCAGCAUGAUCGUCGUGAGCGAAGGGGUCGUCGCGAUCGCGCGAACUUCCCACCUGCUGCUCACAACCCCUACGAGGUUCGUCUUCCUCAGCAUAUGGAGUCAGUCGCGAUCUGCGAGGAUGACGAUCGGAAGACCUAUCAUCAUGGUCGACACCAGCGAUGAGCGGAUCGUGUCGCCUUUUCAGGCGUGGUUGGUGCGGGAGAUCAUGACCAAUUCGUCCAGCUCGACGAAGGUUCUUACCGAGCGCGACCAGGUCAUGACACCCAGUUCUGGGUAUCAUCUCUCGCUCUUUGCCAACUAUACGUUGGAUGGGAUAAAGGCGACACUGGCGAUCUCAGUGGACUCUUCCACAGGGGUCCCUUGUGGAGAUUGGUCUGCUCAGACCGCCAAGGCUCUCGCCCAUGAGGCGUUUCAGCCUUUCUCCUGGCCUGUGCUCCGUGAUACCUCGCCGUCGUAUACAGACAUCAAGGUCUACAACGGCAACGAGAUCCUUUUUCAUGGGAUCCUGAGGGGGUACAGGGCCGAUCAGAUCUGUCGGUGCAACAGCAGUUCGCUGACGAGUCGUGUACGGCUCUCUGUGGUCAUCGCGGCGUUCGUCGGCUGGAAGUGCUCCGUCUUCUCGUUCGAGUGUGGCGGUCGCACUUACUCUGUUGGUCCUCAGGGUGUUGUGGUGGCGGCAGAUCAUGCUCGUUCGAGGUUCGAGCUCCGAGUCUGCAGCCGAUCGUCUGAGGAUGCGGUCGGGAAUGACGCCGAUCGGGUGGAGUUCAGGUACCGAGACGCGAACAACAGAAUGGACUUGAAGUGCGCUCGCACUUCAGUCCCGGCUACAUGGUUGACGGUCUCCCACAUCAGUGGGCCUACGCUCAUCCAGGCGAUCACCCGCUGCAGGGAGCAGCGUGCCCGAGUGGAAGGGCCGGAGCAGACUGAGCAGUUCGCUCAGUUGGCUGCUGCUCACAACCACUGGUGGCACAAUGCUGCUACCUCCGACUUUGCUCAUGUCGGGGUGCUGGUCUCGUUCGUGGGCGGCCUUGACUACGGCAACUUCCACGUUCAGAGCGAGAGCAAGCUCCAUGUCAUGGAGGCGAUGGUGGUCUCCAGGGCGGCGCUCGCCGAGAUGACGCACACCCAAGAAGUGCAAGCUCCGGUGCCGGUGGGGCCGCCUGCGCUCGCGCAAGGCGCAUGGCAGCAAGCGGCCGCGAGCUCGGACACGGCCGUUCAGGAGACCUCGCAGGUCGCUCUUCGCGAUCGCAACCGGGCAGAGAUGGAGUCGCGGGCCCUCACUCGAGAAACGCAGCCUGCUGCUCAGCAGGCCGUGGACUAUGACCAGAACGAUGAGGAGGGCGCCCGCGGGCACAUGAUCGAUGCCGCUCGGGACACGGCUCGUCAGGAUCGGUCCUUCGCUCGAUCCACUGCGAAGCUGACACCGGCACAGUUCGCCGAGCUGGCCGAGACGCUCCGUGGGCCGUCCGGCUCAGGUUCUCAGGCGGCUCCGCCCUCAACAGUGGUGGUCGAGGAAGCCGAGCCAGAGAACAUGUUGGCUCCAACGGGUGCACCGAGGUCGUACCAUCCGCACCGGACGCCCUGA